AUGUGAAAGAUGGCCAAUGCUGAAGUGAGUGUCCCUGUGGGGGAUGUAGUUGUGGUGCCGACCGAAGGGAACCAGGGGGAGAACCCUGAAGACACCAAAACCCAGGUGAUCUUGCAGUUACAGCCCGUGCAGCAAGGCUGUUAAGAGUUGUCCAUAAGUAAAUGAGUCAGAAAGACAACAGGAGUUCAGACCUGAGUUCAAGUCCCACCUCUUGAGAGAGACUGGCUGUGACAUCUAUAAAAUUACAGGUCCAGCAAAAAAGAUAAAAUCUAGAAGAUGCCAUAGACCAAAUCCUGAUCAGGAAGUCUAAGAAAAACUCACAGUUAUUUUUCCAGUUAAGGUUGACAUAGGAAGACAAAGAGAGAGGUCUGUGGACACCUGGGAGAGCAUCUGACCAAGAAGAGCAUUCUGGCACAAGAUGAUUUAUGAAGCGGGAUCGGAGAACAAUGCAGCAGUUGUAGCCGUAGAAACCCACACAAUCCACAAAAUUGAAGAAGGGAUUGAUGCUAGCACCAUAGAAGCAAACGAAGAAAUGGAAAUUGCUUAUCCUAUCACAUGUGGGGAGAGCAAAGCCAUCCUGCUCUGGAAGAAGUUUGUAUGUCCAGGAAUUAAUGUGAAGUGUGUCAAGUUCAAUGAUCAGUUGAUCAGUCCCAAGCAUUUUGUUCAUCUGGCUGGCAAGUCCACCCUGAAGGACUGGAAGAGAGCCAUUCGCCUGGGUGGGAUCAUGCUGAGGAAAAUGAUGGACUCUGGCCAGAUAGACUUUUACCAGCAUGACAAGGUUUGCUCCAAUACCUGCAGAAGCACCAAGUUUGACCUCCUGAUCAGCAGUGCCCGUGCACCAGUGCCAGGGCAGCAGACAGGCGUGGUGCAGACGCCUACUUCGGCUGAUGGGGGAGUCACACAGAUCGCCAUUUCAGAGGAGAAUAUGGAAGAGGCUGGACUGGAGUGGAACUCUGCUCUCACGGCAGCUGUCACCAUGGCCACUGAGGAGGGAUUGAAGAAGGACCCUGAAGAGAUUUCAGAGGACACCCUGAUGUUCUGGAAGGGCAUAGCCGACGUGGGGCUCAUGGAGGAGGUGGUCUGCAACAUUCAGAAGGAAAUAGAGGAGCUGCUCAGGGGUGUUCAGCAAAGGCUCCUUCAGGCCCCCUUUCAGAUUACAGAUGCUGCUGUCCUUAACAAUGUAGCCCAUACCUUUGGCCUGAUGGACACAGUCAAGAGAGUUUUGGAUAAUAGGAGGAGCCAGACUGAGCAAGGAGAAGAACAUUUUCUCUACACUCUUACAGAUCUAGAACGCCAGUUGGAGGAGCAGAAGAAGCAGGCCCAGGACCAUAGGCUGAAGUCUCAGACAGUGCAGAAUGUGGUUCUGAUGCCUAUGAACAACCCCAAGCCACCCAAGAGGCCCCGCCUCCAGCGCCCAGCUUCCACCACCGUCCUGAGCCCCUCACCCCCUGUCCAGCAGCCUCAGUUCACCGUCAUCUCGCCCAUUGCCAUAGCCCCGAUGGGCCAGUCCUUCUCCAUGGGCAACCUCCCCAUGGCUACCCUCAGCCAGGGCUCCAGCCCUGUGACUGUCCACACACUGCCUUCUGGCUCCCAGCUCUUCCGCUAUGCCACUGUUGUCUCUUCCGCUAAGACCAGCUCUCCUGAUGCAGUGACCAUCCACCCCUCCUCCAGCCUGGCGCUGCUGAGCUCAGCUGCCAUGCAAGAUGGUGGGGCCUUGGGCAAUAUGGCCACAGUGGUGAGCCCUGUGGAGCUGGUGGCGAUGGAGUCCGGCCUGACCUCUGCCAUCCAGGCCGUGGAGAGCACUUCUGAGGAUGGGCAGACCAUCAUUGAGAUUGAUCCAGCUCCAGACCCCGAGGCAGAGGAGCCGGAGGGGAAAGCUCUCAUCCUGGAGACUGAGCUGAGGACUGAGGAGAAGGUUGUGGCAGAGAUUGAAGAGCAUCAACAUCAAGUUCACAAUGUGGAGAUUGUGGUCCUUGAGGAUUAAGUGGGAGCCUGGAGCCAGCAGACUCAUUCUUUGUUUGGAAUUUUAAUGGUUUGUUCAUUUUUACCACUGUCCUGCUCAUUUCCACAGAGGAUCCUUUUUUGUUUUGUUUUGUUUUUCCAAUUUAAAAAAAAAAAGAAGAAAAAUCUCAGUAAAAUGACUGAACAUGCUGGUCCCCCCGUCUUCCCCCUCUCCCCCACAGGUAAGCAGUGGACAAGAUGAGUUGCCCUUAGAGAGGAGAGAAAGACACUACUCUCUCCCCUAACCUAACCUUGCCACCUAGAACGCCACCUCUUUUAGAUGAGGUGGCCAGAUAACUAGGACUACUGUCCAGAGGGUUCUUCCCAGGCUGGGCUCUGUGUGAGCAUUUUGUAAAGAUGCAGUGAUAUGGAUUUAGCCCCUGGGGAGCAUGGGUCUGGGCUAUUUGAUUUUGCCUGUGCCCCUGGGAGGCCUGGGCCCUCGGGGCCAAGGGGAAGCCUGGCUAGCAGCCAGAGGAAGAUGAAGGAUGUGACAUUGAUAAUGGGAAAGAGGAGUGUACCAGCGUCCUCUUAAAGAAGGGAAGUGCUUUGACAGGGAUCACAGCAGGGAGAAAGGCCAAGGUUUGGGGGAUGAGCCAGAGGGUUUUCCUCCUAGGAACAGCAGCUCCAGUGCCUCACUACAGGUAAGUAAGUACCCUGAUAGAGGUGCCAGUGGCCACCCAGCAGAAUCCCUGAGUGUGAGCGAGGAUUUGGGAGCCUUUGGGGGAGAAUCCCCAAGGAUGAAUCCUGAGGUGCAGAAGUGAUUCUCUGAGGAGCAGGUGGUCCCUCUCCCUGCCUCUCCCUCCCCUCCCAUUCUGGCCAGGUAUUUAGCUUUUUAAAGUGGUAUCAGCCCAUUGUUCUGCCCACUCUACAUGUCUGUUUUCUGUCUGGUGCUUGUUUCUUUGUUGGUUAAUUUUUAUCCUUUCCCGUGUGAGCCUGUGCUCUGAAGCCAUCAUUUUUCUCAUUGGGUAACUCCAGGAGCAAGAGAACUUCUCCAGUUGGGCUGCUUUGACUUGGAAGCAUUUUUUCUUUUUCUUUUGCUUUGGAAUCUAAAGCAGCCGCCCAAUUAUUGGUGCUUCCUCUGAUCCGUAUCAUCAUCCCUCAUCCCUGGGGGCCUCUGGCUUCUCCAAACCAAACCUGGCCAGGUUCUGGUCACUGGUUGGGGGGAGAAGCACAGGUGCCUCUGCCCCUCCUCGUUUGCCCUCCCCUCUUCUCCUCAUUUUGGUUUACUGCGGCUGCUGCAAGAUACUGAGCUGGUAGCAACCUCGGGUCUGGGCAGGAACUGCUGCUGUAGCCCCAGCCCCAGCCCUUUUGGCACCCAGCAGAUGUCUCCUCCUGUGAGAGCUGGACUCCCCAGGAAAGAAGCACUGUCUGUGACAUAUUAUAGGAAAUGUACCAGGAAUGUCAAUAAUAUUGUCUCUGGGGGUUUUGUUCAGUUUCCCUUUUUGUCUAUCAGUUAUUUGGGACUCGGGAGAGCUAUGUCUCUUUUUCCCUUUGACUUCCUCUUGGCUAGGGGGUGGGGGUGGGUGGGUAGAGGGCAGGAAAAAGCUGGUUGUUGCUGGGGUGAGGGAGGUGUUGGAUACCUGUUCCAUUCAAGACUGAGUAAAGGAAGAGCACACACUUGCCAGAGGGAAGAGGGCAGGGUUGGGGGAUGGGAUAUUUUUUAUUAAAAAGAAAAUUUGA